AUUUCAGUCUCUCCUGAAUCGUCGUAGGCUAUAGCCGGUCCUGGGUUCGUGCAGCUCUACACGUGACUUACGUGUUUUACUACUCGGUCUUUUUGGCGCCUCAAUAUAACGGGAGUGAUUCAAAAAAGAAAAAAUAAUUGUCAAUUAUUGAAUUAUAUUUUAUUUAAAUUUGAACGGUACAUUUUUUUCAUAUUAUGAAUACUGUUGUCAACGAUAUCAAGAGCAGUCUUGCCGUUUUUUAUGCACUUUUAUUAACAGUAAUCACCACCAAAGUAAGAGCAGGAUAUGCCCAUUGCACCGCUGACGAGUUGAUGCGGUGCGCCAAGCCUCUUUCAGUAUUGGAUUCCGGACUCACUUUGGUCUCGACCAAAGCUGAUUUGGAAAGCAUCUGCCCGGACUUGAGGGACGCAAUUAAUUGCAUUCACAGAUAUACGAGGUUUUGCAUGAACCUGCAGGACAGGAAGCAUUUCAAAAGAUUGUUUCACGGCACUGGAGAAAUGGUUAACAAUUUGUGCAAGAACGGAACUUAUCAAGAAGAAUUCCUAAAGCACGCUCCCUGUAUGCAAAAAGUCGAACCAGAGAAUGAAGUUUGCUUUAAACAGUAUACGAAAAAAAUGAAUGAAAUUGAAGCAAAAACGCCUAUGGAAGCCAUAACUGCAGAAGAUUUGACUGCUUACAAAACGUCGUUGAAAAGAAAAAGGGAUGCGGCUGAUGAGGGAAUUAAAAAUGUUUGCUGUUCGUUUCAAGAAUACGUGCAAUGUUCUACGGAAGUAACAGGCAGAGAAUGUGGAUCAGAAGCAGCCGAGUUUAGUAAAAAGUUCCUAGACAAAAUGUCAUCUUCAAUGAUACAGCUCCAUUGUCAAAACUACGGCCAUAGAGAGUGCGGACUAGUGUCCUCGUCAUCGAACACAAUAGAAAAUAAUUCGUUAUUAGCCAUAUUAGUUCUCACAGUGCUCUCUGUAAUAGUCCGAUAAAGCAACCCACUCUUCUCCUGUACAAAAUUAGUUUAUUAAAGAUCGAGAGAGCGUUUACAAAACAUUCCUAAAACAUAAAGACAUCCUAGAAUAAAAAUAAAUGUUCUCUCCCUAAACCUGAAUCCAACCAAAUAGAAUUUGUGUGAGACAAGAGAUUUGCACCAAAUUUUUAUUUUUUUAUGUUGUAAUUUGUACAAUAAUAAUUAAACAGUCAAAAUCAGCUAAAUUGUGUUCAUUAUAUUAAUUUGUGUAUCCCAGUACUGUCAUGCAAGUGAAACUUUGCAUUAGAAAAAUUGUAGUUUUUAAGUUUUUCUUUAUAAUAAAGACUGAUAACGUUAGAGAGAAAGUUCACUUUCAUGACAGUAUGUAUUCUUCCACUAUUUAUUAAAUCAAAUUAUGCAAAGAAAACAAACCAUAUAGGCAUUAGGGUGCAAGGUGGAAUCUCCUACAAAAGAGUGAAUGAUUUAAAAUAAACAUUAAUUUAUUAUACUUAUUUAUAAAGUUAGUAGUUUUAAAUAAAAAAAUUGAUUUUUCAAAAAAAAAAAAACAUAUUUUCCCAUUCCAACCUACUAAUAUAAUGAAUUAUGUACUUGGCCAUCCUGCAUAAAUAAAUUAAGUAGAAUAAAGAAAAGUACAACUUCGUUAAAUAAAUUCAAAAAUUUUAUAAAAAAAUGUAAAAUUGAACAUUAACAAAUAAAAUUAUUGUUUUGUUACACGUAAGGACUUUCAUUUCAGUCUUAGAUCUUUUUAUUUUCCUGAAACUUCUAUUCUGAACAGCAGUAGUUUUGCUGCUGCUUCCUAGAUGAUGCUGCUAGCAGUCGUGGAAAAUCAAUCAAACAAUAAAAUCCAUAGGUAGAUAUUUUACUUGUAAUUCUAGCAGGAGCUACGAACUUUUCCAUUUUGGAAGUUUCCAGAUGGGUUUAUAGAAGGUUACAAGUUUAUUACCAAUUUCACAUGGGGAUGGAUAAAAAUAACUUAACAUUUCACAGCAAUUAUUAUACUUGUUUAUUUCUUUUUUUUAUUUUUACCCUACAUUUAAUAAGUUUGUAUACAUCAUAACUAACUGUAGUAAAAGACCAUUUCAUAGUCCAGAAAAAAUGUUGGGGAUGAGUACAAACAGCUUUUACACCUGUAUUGUAAGAACUGCUUAUUUACAAUUAUUAAGGAUAAUAUAGAGACACAAAUAUUGAAAGAAUCAAUCUGAAUGAUUUCAGCCAUGUCAGCGGCACAAAAUUACUUCUAAGGACAAAAGUGCUCCCGAUCUAGCAUCCUUAAAAUUAUUUAUUUAUUAUUAUUAUCCACUACAAGACGCUCUAUUAUAGAAAAUAACAAUUAUUCUAUUAUCGAGACACCCUGUGUAGAUUGUAGAUAAAUGGAUGUUACCAAGUUUUUUUUUGUUUUUUGGUGCGAGUUUUGUACUUCCACAUUAUUUUUUUUUACAAUUUUGCUAAUUUUUUUUUUUUGACAAAACCAUUUAACAUUAUUUACAAAAUGUAUACGUUUCAAUCAUGCAAAAAAACUAUUCUACCAAAAUAAAGUAACUUAAUAAAAAAACACUUGGGAAAAAAAUGCGUCUAAAUUAACUAAAAUUCAUUUAACCCUGGAACUACAUCAAUUCUAGAUCACAUGAUUCCUAUAAGAAUGAAUUCAUAAUGCGUCAGACAAAAGGUUCUGUAUUUUAUUUAAAUUUGAACCAAGGCACCUAAUUACAUACAGUUUCCAGUUAAUACUAACAAAGAAGUAUAUUUAAAAUUUUCCAAAUAACACACCAAAAUAAUAAUUGAAAAUAUUGCACGGAUUUGGAAAAUUAUUUACCUAAAUUUUGUGCUAAUCUUUCACAAGUUUAUAAAUUAUGUACAAAGUUGUUCUAAUUAAAAAAGCAUUCUGUAAAAAGUUUAAAGACUAACGUCGUGCAAAUUGAUGCGGAUUCAGCUCCAAUUUACCUAUUUAUCAGUUAACUCUUUGAGAAACUACCUAAAAAAACUCGGUACCGCUGUUACAAUUAUUUCUUGAUCCCUUACAAUAAAUACGUCAGUUUUAUUGCCGUACCACAAUUAUCUAAAUGAAACAAAUACCUUGCGUCAAAAGAAGUCUAAAAAGCAACAUCUGAACUAAAGAUCCUAUAUGUUUUAAUAGCAGUGGCAACAUCGCAUUUAUUGUGUGCUGUGAUUAGAAAGGAGAGGGACAAAUAAUAAUAACUACUAUUAGGAAACUUUUGCAUACAUACUGUUAACUUUGCUGAUCUGGGAACAAAUGGUCUCAAAAUCUAAACUGAAUUUUUUUAUUUCUGAACCAUGAAAAGUAGGAAUCAAAUUUUGAAUGAUACUAUAGCCGUAGAUUCUGAGACCAUUUCAGUAUCUUUGGGCGAAAACUACAGAUGUUUAACGUUAUAAAUAAUAAAGGAGAUCUAUUCUGUCUCGUAUUUGGGCUCCAAAAGACGUUGCCGCUUGAUCUCCGGACCGUCCAUUUCGCCGGAACUCGACGGGCUGCCCACGCUUUGCUCUUCCAAGUGUCUUUUAAUGUCUAAUCCUAUAUAACUGUUAUUGC